AUGCAGACAGGCGUCUUUGGACCUAACCUCUACUCCCUUGAACAUGAAGAGGAGACGGAAAAAGGCCUUGUUGCCGAUAUACUGGCAAUACCGGAGCUCAGGAAAUCCUGGAUCCCAGACGUCGGUCCCCGGUUGUUCCAUUCUAAAAGCGCGGUGGGAUGCUACGAUAAACAUAUGAAACCGUACCCAAUGGAAGAAAGUCUAGCAUGGACGCGUUCCCUCAUGAAGUUUCCUGAUAUUCCCCGUCCUCUCAAGGCCCCUCCUCGCUCCGGCAUGAUUCCACGCGGAAGAGUUAACCUGCGCUCCAUGGCUGAGACGUUCGAUGUUCCUGAUACUCCAUUCUGGAAUGCAGCUGCUGAGCAGACAUAUGGAUAUAUUUGGUGUAUGGAAGAUGAUAAUCUUAUUUGCAAAGACUGUGUGCGUGGAACUGCCUCGGUCGGUGUGUUGGCCACGUUUCCCGAUUAUUAUCACUUCUGUCAGGAGUUGUACCCGGUACUGGAAUUGAGUGCAAAACGCACAGUGGAAUUUAUCGACCAUGUCCAUCGCUGCCACCCCAAUGGUGAAGAAGAUCACAAAGUGAUGGAUGCGUGGCUGGCGACCUUGCAGGCUAUCUAUCUUGACGUUCUUCACCCCAAGGCAGACAGCCUGAAAUGCCCAGCAGACGAACUGCAAAGCAUCCGUUACCGACUGAUCAAUUCUGGUGUUCGGGCUCUGACUCUGCAAGCGAGACUGGAGAGAGGUCCUUUGAUAGGGGAUGAUGUUAUUGUUGACGCUGUUUCGAUUGCCAUGAUUACCAUGCACGAUGCGUGUGAUUACCGGCAUGACAACCAGGCCAAUGAGUUCUACAAUGUCAUGACAAUUGUCAGUGCCCAUCGGGGUGUGCCGGGGACGAACAUGAUCCGCCGAUUUUGCAUUGAUGUGUGGGCUUGGGCUGUUGAUAAUGGAGCAGACUGGGCAAUUCACCUAGCGGGACGCUUACUGGCCUGGCAACUCUACAUGGCGCGGUAUAGAACCCCAAUUCUCUUCGACCACUUAGUUCCUGCCGAUGCGAACAAUCAGCCCAAGGAAGAUCCUUACAGCGACCCGGUUCUGAACAGUAUGAACCCGCUACCACCAAGCUCACAGCCGUAUGACUUUGAUCUCCGCAACCGAUGUGGCAAUAAGGAACGAUAUGACGAGCUUUUGCGCGACUCUUUGGCUCAUUUUGAUACCUGCUCUGGCUGUCAUCAGUAUGAUAAGGUCUCCUGGGAAGCUCGAGUGCCAUUCAUUGGUCGUGCAUAUGAGAAAAAGUAUUCUGACUGCACCUGCUUGAAUGCCAUAAGCACGUACAUGAUACUUGCCUGCAUGGAGCCGGUCUGGUGGGCUAUGGAUUAUGCGGCCGAAUAUACCGGCCCAAUGGAAGAAUGGUCGCCGAUGCUUUGUUGA